AUGGCAAUAGAUUUGGGUGUGCAAGAAUUAAUUGUGUUGGGAGAUUCUGAUUUGCUUAUCCGACAAGCUCAAGGCGAAUGGAAAACUCGAGACCUCAAGCUCCUUCCAUAUAGAAAAUGUGUGGAAGAUCUUAGCAAAAGGUUCAGGUACAUCGAGUUUAGAUACAUUCCCAGGUUUCAUAAUGAUUUGGCCGAUGCCUUGGCUACUUUGGCCUCAAUGCUUCCCUAUCCUGGAAACACUUACAUCACCCCAUUAGAGAUUCAAGUUCGGGACCAACAUGGCUAUUGUAAUACAGUGGAAGCAGAACCUGAUGGUGAUCCAUGGUACUCAGACAUCAAGAAUUUUUUGAAGACAGGGAGAUGCUCCGAACAUGCCAACAAAAGCCAAAAAAGAACUAUUAGACGUCUGGCUAAUGUUUUCUUUUUGAGCGGGGAUGUUUUGUAUAAACGAACUCCGGAUUUGAAUUUAUUGAGAUGUUUGGAUGCUGAAGAAGCCGAGAAAAUUAUGAAUGAAGUGCACGCUGGGGUAUGUGGACCACACAUGAAUGGAUAUGUCCUUGCAAAAAAGAUACUCCGGGCGGGGUAUUAUUGGCUUACCAUGGAAAAAGAUUGCUUUCACUUUGUGUAA